AUGGAUUUUGAGAAGAACCUGCACCAAAGCGACAUCGUCACGUCGGCCUCUGGUGUCAUAGCACUGCUGAACGAAGAACAAGCGAGUUUGAAAAUCUUCGGGUUGGAAAAACUGAAUGCCAUUGUGGAUGUUUACUGGCCCGAGUUAGCAGAUUAUAUUUUUAAAAUAGAAGAAUUAUGUGAGGACCAGAAUUUCGUUGGAAAAGAGCUAGCCAAUUUGGUGGCUAGUAAGGUUUAUUUCCAUUUGGAGAAAUACCCUGAAGCGUUGAAGUACGCACUGUGUGCAGGGAAGCUGUUUAACAUAAACGAGAAGUCGCAGUAUGUCGAGACAAUGCUAGCCAAAUGUAUAGAGAAAUAUGUGGAAAUUCGGGAGAGGGACUAUGAGGGGCAAGUCAUAAGCGGCAGAGGCAGCAUCGGCAGCAACAGACGUAGUGGCAACCAGCACAGCGGCAAUGAAACCACCAUGGCGCACAGCACUGUUCAUCAGGGCGUUGAGGACAACAACGAGGUGAACCAUAACAAUGACGAGCACGGAGGCGCCUAUACCAGUCACAUGGGGCCGGACAACACAUACAACAGAAGCAAUUUCAACCUUUACAAUAACCACGAAAGUAGUAACGGAAAAAUGAAAGUCGAUACAGACAUUUUUAAGGAAGAUCCAAAUAACGAAAUUCACCAGAAGAUGGAACUCUUCGUUGAUGAAAUGUUAGAAAUCUGCAUGCAGAAUAACAGCGUGAAGGAAGCCUUAGGGGUAGCAUUAGACGCUAGAAGACUAGACAAAGUAGAAUAUAUCAUUCUAAACUGCUCUAACAAGAUCGAAUUGUUACAACACUCCAUUGCAAAUGAAAGGCAUAUUAAUACGACAAGAAAGUUCCGAAGUGAUUUCUUUAAACUGCUAGUUAAAAUAUAUCUUUCAAUGGAUUCAGAAGAAUUAAAAAAUGAGUAUAUAAAUUUGUGCGAAUGUUUAUUUUACAUUAAUGAUUAUAAGAAGGUUGCUGAGAUUUUACUAAGUUUGCUUAACGACUACCAUUUGAUGGCAUAUCAGAUUUCUUUCGAACUUGUCGAUUUGGAAAAUCGUAACUUUUUAAAAAAUAUUUUAAAACAGAUUAAGGAAAUUUUGAUACAGAAUAAGUCGUUCUACUAUGGGGAGCACAGCUACUCUUCCGAAUCGAAGAAGCGAUCCAACCUCCAUUUGGGUGGAGACUAUCCUGCGGAUGACGUUGUUCAGGAAGGGGAGGUUCCAAGCACAGUUCCCCAGCAGGAGGAGUCUUCCCCGGGAGAGGCGCCGGAUGACUCGGAAAAGAAAAGCGCAGACGAGGGGAGCGGUCAGGACAACGGUAGCAACGGGGAAAACCCGGUAAAUGAGGACGGCGCGGUAAAUGAGGGCGGCGUGGUAAAUGAGGACAACGCGGUAAUUGCGGACAACGAGGUAAAUGCGGACAACGCCGUAAAUGCGGACAACGCGGUAAAUGAGAACAACGCGAUAAAUGCGGACAACGAGGUCAACCCACCCAACGGCAACAAUAGCAGCGGAAUCAACAGCGGACUGGCGAGCACGGAGGACAGACAGACGCUCUCCGAUGACAUCCUCAUGUAUAUCAGCGAGAACCACCAGCUGUACGACAAAGUGAAGAAGCUUGUGUUCAUAUUGACGGGGAAGGUGACGAUAAAUUUGUACAUGGAAUUCCUGCACCGAAAUAAUCACGCCGAUCUAAUCCUGCUGGACAGUUACAAAAAUGUAGUUGAUUCGAGAAGCAGCAUCACUCACCAUGGGAUAGUAAUAGCGCACGGGUUAAUGCAGACAGGAACAACGUGUGACGUGUUUUUGCGCUCCAACAUUGAGUGGUUAUCCAAGGCGAUAAAUUGGGCUAAAUUUUCCUCCACAGCGUCUCUUGGUGUGGUGUACAAAGGACAUGUGAACGAAUCCUUUAUCGUACUCUCAUCACAUCUGCCAUACAACGACGUGUCGAGACAAAUUACAAACAAUCUGAACGUAGGCAUAUCCGCCAGUGGAGUGUACUCAGAGGGAGGUUCCCUAUAUGCCCUUGGGCUAAUACACGCCAAUUAUAACACAAAUGAUAAAAAGGUGAAAAACUUCCUACUAGCUCAGUUAAAAUUAAAUGUAAACGAUGAGGUCUUACAACAUGGUUGUUGCUUAGGGUUAGGGUUAGUGUGUCUAGGAGAAAAUGAUGACGAUCAAGUGUAUGAUGAGCUAAAAGGGGUCAUGUAUUCAGACUCAGCCGUGGCAGGGGAAAGUGCAGCCUAUGCAAUUGGCCUCCUAAAACUUGGAAGUGGUGAUGAGAAAUGCGUAGACGAAUUGCUAGCCUAUGCACAUGAUACACAACAUGAAAAAAUAACACGAGCUUGUAGCAUCAGUCUAGGAUUUGUGAUGUUCCAAAAGGAGAAGGAGGCUGAUGUGCUGAUUGAAGAAUUAAUUAACGAUAAGGAUGCCAUCAUACGAUACGGAGGAAUGUUUACCAUUGCUAUGGCGUACUGUGGUUUAUCUAGCUACAAUAAACAUAUAAUAAAAAGGCUACUACACUUUUCCGUAUCAGACGUAAGUGAUGAUGUUAGGAGAGCAGCCGUUAUAGCAUUAGGUUUUGUCUUAUGUAACAGUCCAUCCCAAGUUCCGAUGUUUUUAAAUCUCCUAAUUGAAAGCUACAACCCACAUGUACGUUACGGGGCAGCACUAGCACUAGGAAUCGCGUGCGCUGCAUCAGGAAAUGAAGAAGCUAUCAACAUGCUCAUGCCAAUGCUAACCGAUACAACUGAUUUUGUAAGACAAAGUGCAUUCAUAUCGUUAGGACUAAUUUUCCAGCAAUCGAAUGAACACGUAAAUCCGAAUUUUAAAAAAUAUAAAGAUGAAAUUAUGCGCAUUUUAUCAGACAAACAUGAAGAUAUUAUUGCCAAAUUUGGUGCCAUAGUAGGUGCUGGAUUAUUAGACAUCUGUGGAAGGAAUGCCAUUUCGACCUUCUUCACAAGAAGAGCAAAUAUUAUUAGACCACAAGCAGCUGUUGGUUUCUGCUUAUUUAGCCAACUGUGGUAUUGGUUUCCACUGAUUCAUAUGAUUAGCUUGACGUUCCUUCCGACUUGCUUAAUUGGAUUAACGGAAGAUUUGAAGGUACCCAAAAAUUUCUGCGUCCUUUCCACCUGCAAGAAUCAGACCUUUGAUUACCCCUCCUUCUUAAGCAAAGAGAAGACACAAGAAAAGAAGGAAACGGUUACGGCUGUUCUGUCUACUACUGCGAAACGGAAAAGUCUAAAAUUGAAGAAGCAGAAAAGUGAGAGUAAAUUGGCUAAGGAGAGAACUGCCCAGGAUGACAACAGCUCCGUUUUAUCUGAUGGGAAAUCUAUGAAGAAUUUGGAGAUCCUCAGUACGGCUGCUACCGUGGGGCAGUCCAGUCACGUCUCCCAUGCCGAGAGCGUAGAGGGAAGUGCCAAUGACGAGACGACAAAUGAGCAGGCCAACGAGACUAGCAGCUUUUCCAACUUGCAGAAAAUGAAGAAGCCCGACACCAAGGGCAAAGUCUCGACCAUCCCGUCCGUCAGCAACACGGUUGAUAUGAAAAACCCUUGCAGAGUAAUCAAAAUGCAGGAAAAGUUCAUCGAAUACCAGGCCAACGGCAGAUUUAAGCCCAUACUUCCCUCGCGAAAAUCGGGUUUCAUCAUGCUUGUGGACACUGCACCCUCGGAGCCAUCCGACUUCAUCGAAAUAAAUCUCGAGAACAGCGCGAAGAAGGAGGCGCCCCCCUUUGAGCCCUUCGCCUGGAAAGAAGAAAAUUGA